AUGAAGCUCCUGAUCCCUGCUACUCUUUCCCUCGUCGCCCUGGCUUCCACUGUAGAUGGCCAGAAGUUCUGCGGCCGUGAUGACCGCAAGGUUGUCGGAGACUACACGGUGUACAACAACCUAUGGGGUGAAGACAACGACAAAUCUGGUGCACAGUGUACGGAGGUGACUGGCAGCACCAGCUCGUCCGUGUCAUGGAAGACUAGCUUCAACUGGGCUGGUGACAAAUGGCAGGUCAAGUCGUUCGCCAACGCUGCGCUAAAGUUCCAACCCAAGCAGAUCUCGGCGAUCAAGUCGAUUCCUACGUCGAUUGAGUACACGUACACUUACGGCGACCACAUCAUUACCAAUGUUGCCUACGAUCUGUUCACCAGUUCGUCCCCGACUGGAGAAACUGAGUACGAGUUGAUGGUGUGGCUGGCUGCCCUCGGUGAGCCUUGGCCUCUGACCGACAGCGGCAAGUCCAUCGCGACCGUGAAUAUCGGUGGUGUCGUGUUCGAACUGUUCCAGGGUAUGAACAAGAAUGUCAAGGUAUUCUCAUAUGUCGCGAAGAAGACUGCUUACAAGUUUUCGGCGGACUUAAAGAAGUUUUUCAGCGAACUCCCUAAAAACAACACGUUGCCCCAGACACAAUACUUGGUGAAAUUGGAGGCCGGCACGGAGCCUUUCCAGGGUAAGAAUGGUGAGAUGAUUGUGAAAUCGUACUCGUCGAAGGUGAACUAA